AUGACAAAUAAAGAACUUCAACCAAUUAUAUGUCCAUCUUUGUUAUCCGGUGAUUUUGCAUUCCUUGCUCGUGAUGCAAACUAUAUGCUUGAGCAAGGUGCUGAAUGUCAUUUCGUACCAAAUUUAACAAUUGGUGCACCCGUUAUUAAGAGCUUGAGAAAGCAUACUAAAGGACAUUUGGAUUGCCACUUGAUGGUCACCAAUCCAGAGUCGAUGAUCGAUGACUUUAAGAAUGCCGGUGCCGACGGUAUCACUUUCCACAUUGAGGCAACCGAGCGUGGAGACGGCCGUUCGAUCACCAAGGAAGUGAUUCACAAGAUCAAGUCGAGUGGAAUGAUGUGCGGUAUCAGUGUGAAGCCAAACACUCCGAUCGAAUCGAUCUUUGACUUUGUAGAGUCGAUCGAUUUCGUGUUGAUCAUGACAGUCGAGCCUGGUUUCGGUGGUCAGUCGUUCAUGACCCACAUGAUGCCCAAAGUAGAGACUCUCAGAAAGAAGUACCCACAUCUACCGAUCCAAGUCGACGGUGGACUCGACCCAAACACAAUCGACGCCGCUGCCAAAGCCGGUGCAAACAUCAUCGUUGCCGGUUCAUCUCUAUUCAAACCCGGUCAAAACCCCAAAGACACAAUGCAACUAUUUAGAGAUACCAUUAACAAACAUAAACCAAAUUGUAUAUGUAAAAUCAGUGAUUAUUACUACUUUCGUAAAGUAAUAUAUAUUCUCGUAGUAUGGACAUUUAACAAAGCAAGUGUAAUGUAUACAAAUACUGAUACAAUAAUAAUCUUGAUCCAAUCUCCUGGAAUUACAACACAAUAA